GCGGGAGCGGCGGCGGCGGCGGGGCCGGAGCGGCGGCGGCGGAGCCCGGCGGCUGCUGAUGAAAUCGCAGCCGGGAGCGUCGCAGGCUUUGGACCUUCCCAGGCUCGGGACCUUUGACUCAUAAAAGGAGCAGAAAAGGGCGGAAAGCGCCGGGAGAGCGGAGGAGGAGGAGGAGGAGCAGGAGCUGAGGAGGAAGAGCAGAGCCCGGAGCUGCGGGGGACACCGAAAGUCGCUGCAUGAGGAGCUUUGGGACAAGAUGCUGUCCCUGAAGAAGUACUUCACGGANGGCCUGAUCCAGUUCACCAUCCUGCUGAGCCUGGUGGGCGUGCGCGUGGACGUGGACACGUACCUGGGCUCGCAGCUGCCGCCGCUGCGGGAGAUCAUCCUGGGCCAGAGCUCGGCCUACACGCAGACGCAGUUCCACCGCCUGCGCGGGCCCUGGGCCGGCCAUGGGCUGCCCCCCAAGAGCGCGGGGCUGGAGGGGCUGCCGGGCGCCCGCCGCCUGCUCAGCCUGGACCGGCUGCGCGUGCCCCGCGCCCGCGUCAGCGCCUGGCUGGUGCACCGCGACGCCGAGGCCGCCGUGCCCGCCGGGCAGCCCGGCGCGGCCGGCCCGCUGCAGGACGGCUCCGGCGGCGACGGCGGCGCCCGCGACGGCGCGCCCGAGCAGGGCUUCGGGGAGGAGAUGGAGGAUCUGGGAGCCGUGGCGGCGCCCGGCAACGGGGAUCUCACCAAGGAGGACAUCGAUUUGAUUGACAUCCUGUGGAGACAGGAUAUCGAUCUCGGCGCUGGGCGAGAGAUUUUUGACUACAGCCACCGACAGAAAGAGAGCGAAGUGGACAAAGAGCUGAGCGAUGGGAGGGAGCGCGGGGACAGCUGGAGGAGUGCAGGGAAUGAGGUCUUGGAUAGAAUCCCGCUAGUUGAUGGAGAGACCGGGGAGAGUUUCCCUGCGCAGGUGCCCGGAGCGGAGGACCAGACCGCCCUGUCCCUGGAGGAGUGCCUUAGGCUGCUGGAGGCCACCUUCCCCUUCGGGGACAACUCCGAGUUCCCAGCUGCGGAUGUCUCGGCCCUGAGCGAAGCCGUGCCCGGGCAGAGCCGGGCCCCGGGCGGCCCCCCGAGCUUGCUGUCCCCUCUGCUGGCCGAGACCGAGUCGCCCUUCGACCUGGAGCAGCAGUGGCAGGACCUGAUGUCCAUCAUGGAGAUGCAGGCCAUGGAGGUGAACAGCACGAGCGCCGAGAGCCUCUACGGCGGCAGCGGCGGGGACCUGCUGGCGUCCAACUACAGCCUGGCCCCCGGCACGCCCAUCAACCAGAACGUCAGCCUGCAUCAGGCCUCGCUGGGCAGCUGCUCCCAGGACUUCUCCCUCUUCAGCUCGGACAUGGAGAGCCCCUCCAUGGCGGGCGGCUCGGCCCUGCUGCAGCUGGCGCCCGACAACUCCACCGGCCUCAACGGCACCUUCGGCUCCACCAACCUGAGCGGGAUCUUCUUCCCGCCGCAGAUGAACGGCACGGCCAACGAGACGGCCGGGCCCGAGCUGCCCGACCCCCUGGGGGGGCUGCUGGACGAGGCCAUGCUGGAUGAGAUCAGCCUGAUGGACCUGGCCAUCGAGGAGGGCUUCAACCCCGUGCAGGCCUCGCAGCUGGAAGAGGAGUUCGAUUCCGACUCAGGUCUUUCCCUGGAUUCCGGCCACAGCCCCGCGUCCCUCAGCAGCUCCGAAGCUUCGUCCUCGUCGUCCUCUUCCUCCUCAUCCUCGUCCUCCUCCUCGUUUUCCGAGGAAGGCGCCGUGGGCUACAGCUCGGACUCGGAGAACGUGGACUUCGAGGAGGCGGAAGGGGCGGUUGGCUACCAGCCAGAGUACAGCAAGUUCUGCCGCAUGAGCUACCAGGACCCGGCGCAGCUGCACUACCUGCCUUACCUGGAGCACGUCGGCCACAACCACACCUACAACAUGGCCCCGGGCGCGCUGGACCCCGAGGAGCCCAAAGCGCCCGGCGCCGGCAAGAAGAGCGGCAAGGAGAAACCGUCGGAGCUGCUGGACAAGCAGCUGAGCCGCGACGAGCACCGCGCCAGGGCCAUGAAGAUCCCCUUCACCAACGACAAGAUCAUCAACCUGCCCGUGGAGGAGUUCAACGAGCUCCUGUCCAAGUACCAGCUGAGCGAGGCGCAGCUCAGCCUCAUCCGCGACAUCCGCCGGCGCGGCAAGAACAAGAUGGCGGCGCAGAACUGCCGCAAGAGGAAGCUGGACACCAUCCUCAACCUGGAGCGCGACGUGGAGGAGCUGCAGCGCGACAAGUCCAAACUGCUCAGGGAGAAGGUGGAGUUCCUCAAGUCCAUCCGGCAGAUGAAGCAGAAGGUGCAGAGCCUGUACCAGGAGGUGUUCGGGCGGCUGCGCGACGAGCAGGGCCGGCCCUACUCGCCCAGCCGCUACGCGCUGCAGUACGGCAGCGACGGCAGCGUGCUGCUGAUCCCGCGCGCGCCCGCGCCCGCCGAGCCGCAGCCGCGGCGCCAGGAGCGCAAGCAGAAGGACAGGAGGAAGUGAGGGCGGCGGCGGAAGGGAGAGCUGGGACGAGGGCCGAGCCUGGAAGUGCUUGCGGAGGGAACUUUGAUGCCUUCUUAUCCGAUUCUGUCUUCUCCAAGCGCACGCGGCGCCGGCGGCGCGCGCCGGGGACUCUGCGGGAGCGGCCGUCCCGACACCGAGGGGACGGGGACGGAGCCCACCCCAAGCCCAGCUGCCACCGGCCACCCCGGGGUGCUGGGAGAGCAGGGACGAGCUGGCAUCGCUGCUGGGGAGGUUGGCACGAGGUGGAUAAAACGUUUAAAAAAACAA